ACUAGUCUACCACCAUUCGGUUUUCUAGACGGUUGUACGUGUAAAAGAGGCACGUCUCUAUCAGCUCUCUUGUUGUUUGGUAGUUCUUUAUCACGUUGCUCUAUUGAAUUGCAGUUAAAUUGUUUUUGGAGUAAGUGUUUUAGUUAUCGACCGUUAACGAGGAAGGGAGAGAGAAAUGCCGCGUAUCGACAACGACGUCAAGCUCGAUUUCAAAGAUGUCCUCCUACGUCCGAAACGCAGCACCCUCAAAAGUCGGGCAGAUGUUGAUUUGUUUCGUGAAAUCAAAUUUCGCAAUUCGAAACAAACAAUCCGUGGGAUCCCCAUCAUAGCUUCCAAUAUGGAUACGGUUGGAACCUUCGAGAUGGCUUCUGCUCUUGCUAAGCAUGGUCUGUUAACUGUGAUACACAAGCACUAUCAAGUUGAGGACUGGAUCAGUUUUAUUCAAAAGAAUAAAGAUAUAGCAGGAUUUGUUGCGGCUUCUUCAGGUUCUGGUAAAGGCGAUUUCGAUAAACUAUCCAAAAUACUCAACGCUGUCCCCGAAGUGCGUUUCGUCUGCCUUGAUGUAGCUAAUGGUUAUUCGGAGCAUUUCGUAGAGUUUGUACGUAGCGUCCGCGAAGCAUUUCCUCAACAUGUUAUUAUGGCAGGCAAUGUUGUCACGGGAGAAAUGGUUGAAGAACUGAUUCUUUCAGGCGCAGACAUCAUCAAAGUUGGAAUCGGUCCUGGCUCUGUUUGCACAACUCGUAAGAAGACUGGUGUUGGCUAUCCUCAGAUCAGUGCCGUCAUUGAAUGCGCCGAUGCGGCUCAUGGGCUGGGGGGACACAUUAUUUCGGAUGGAGGAUGUACUUGUCCGGGUGAUGUAGCUAAAGCAUUUGGUGCUGGAGCAGAUUUCGUCAUGUUAGGGGGAAUGCUCUCGGGCCAUGAUCAAUCAGGUGGAGACGUGAUCGAACGAGAUGGGAAAAAAUAUAAACUUUUCUAUGGGAUGUCAUCCGCGACAGCCAUGAAUAAGCAUGUUGGUGGUGUCUCCGAAUAUAGGGCUUCAGAAGGAAAGACUGUCGAAGUUCCCUAUCGCGGUAAUGUGGAAGCAACUAUAUCGGAUAUUUUGGGUGGGUUACGAUCCGCCUGCACGUAUACGGGAGCUGCACGUCUGAAAGAAUUACCGAAACGGACAACCUUCAUUCGAGUCACACAGCAAACGAACGAAAUUUUUAGCGCAUUUUCUUCGGGUGAUUGAAUAUGGUAAUUAAACCCUACUGAAUCUUCGGCAGUGUUAAGCAAUAUAGCUAUCAAGGUUU